CGCUUGCUUUGAGCGGCCGCUUGUCGGCGGCGGCGCGGCCUGCUCCGAGUGACUCGCCCGCGCCUCAGGGCCUGCCCGCCGAGGGUCCCUGCUCUCCCCGCGGCGCGGCCUCCGCCGCUCCCCUGCCCGAAGCCGCCCGGCCGGAGCUCCGGCCUCCCGCCGCGAUGAAGCUCGUCAGGUUUCUAAUGAAGCUGAGCCAUGAGACUGUGACCAUUGAGCUGAAGAACGGGACCCAGGUGCAUGGCACUAUCACAGGAGUGGAUGUCAGUAUGAACACACAUCUCAAAGCAGUGAAGAUGACGCUGAAGAACAGAGAACCUGUACAGCUGGAGACGCUGAGUAUUCGAGGGAAUAACAUCCGAUACUUCAUCCUGCCCGACAGUUUGCCUCUGGAUACUUUGCUAGUGGAUGUUGAACCAAAAGUCAAAUCCAAGAAAAGAGAAGCAGUUGCUGGAAGAGGCCGUGGCAGAGGUCGUGGCAGAGGCCGAGGUCGUGGAAGAGGCCGAGGAGGCCCAAGACGGUAACUUCUCAUCAGGCAACUGUCACCAAAUCGUGGGCAGUUUCGGAUAUUUUUUUGUACAGGUCUUGUUUAUGGUAUCCAUUUUUAAUAAACUGGGAUGUGAAAAA